AUGCAGACUGCUUCUACAAACAUUUGUGAAAGAAUGGGUCGCUCUCAGCUCAGUGAAUUCAAGUGUGGUCCCGUGAUAGGUUGCCACCUGUGCAAUAAGUCCAUCUGUGACAUUUCCUUGCUACUAAAUAUUCCACGGUCAACUGUUAGUGGUAUUAUAAUGAAUUGGAGGCAACUGGGAAUGACAGCAACUCAGCCACCAAGUGAGCGGGGGGGUCAGUGCAUUCUGAAGCGCACAGUGCGCAGAAAUCACCAACUGUCUGCAGAGUCAAUAGCUAAAGACCUCCAAAUUUCAUUUGGCCUUCAGAUUAACACAACAACAGUGUGUAGAGAGCUUCAUGGAAUGGGAUUCCAUGGCCAA